CGUGUGGUAGCGCGGCGUGCAAGAUGCAAGUUUAAGUGAGGACGCGGAGGACUUGAAGAGCCAGUGUUCAGGCGGCAGGCGAUCAGAUCAGUGAAAGCGCACGUCCGUCCGUCCGCCAGCAGCGUGCACGCUACUCCAGCGUCAACCUCCACUGGCAAAUGUGAACGGAGCAACCUGGGCGAGAGCAGGAUGGCACUCGGCAGGCGUAUCCACCCAGUGUGCUGCUUGAUGACCGUUUUAUUUGUCGUGCACGCGGCUGAGGCGCAAAACGAUCAGCCAGCGUUGACGACGCCAAAGCAGAAGCAAAGUGAGGAGAUCCCGGUUACACCAUUUUCGUGUAAAGGUCGAGUGCCAGGUUACUAUGCAGAUCUCGACACUGGUUGCCAGGUUUACCACAUGUGCGCCGCUGGGGGUCAAAAAUUCAGCUACCGAUGCCCGGAGCACACACUCUUCCAGCAACGGAUGAUGGUGUGUGAUCACUGGUUCAUGGUGGACUGCAAGAACUCUCACCUUUACUACGCGGCCAACGAAAGGAUCGGUGACAAAAACCAGCCAUUUAUUUCAUCAAGCGAAUCUAUACCCCACGAAUUCAUUGGAGAUACGUUCCACCCUGUCAAGCUGGAGUCAAAGGUGCAUGGGAAAGCAAUCGAAUUUAAUCCCAGGUUCAACAGUUUCACCACCAGCAAAACGCACGAGCCAGCAAAGGACCUCCUUCCGCCACCGUUUGAAAAUUCUGUCCAACUGACCGAGAGGGCUGAUUUUGGCUCAUCCGAGGAUAGCUCAACCUUGCCGAGUACGAUUAACAGAGAGUUGACCCCAGUGACGAUAGUUCCCACAUUCCCAGUGCCUUCAACAAAAUUCACUUUUUCCCCUCUGAAACAGCAGACCAGCAGUGCCAGCACGGCCUCUAGCUUCCAGACCAGAACAACCCCUCCUAUACCUUUGUCCGCGUUUUUGACUCAAAAUUUUACAAAGAGUCCCAUUCGGCCCAUGGGUCUGUCACAAACCACCCUGUCGGUUAUAAAAUCAUCAUUUUUCGGCAACUUCCCCCAACCUGUGAGCCGAACCACCCAAAGUUUCAUUCCUUCCACAACUCCGAGUCCAAGAACGACUGUUUUCAAUGACGUUCUGAGUCCAUCUACCAUCAAUUCGCUCCUCAGAAGCCCUGAAAAAAAGAGAAAGGAACCCAAACAGUUGAGGGUCAUGCUGGACACCAGGAGGAUGUUUUUCAUUCCAGAAAAUGAGGAGAGCGUUCCACCAGAACAGCAACAGCAGGAUCUGGAGUUUGUCUUUCCUGAUUUACAGUUUUAUCCCAAGCCAAUGCGUUUCAAGGAACAUUUGCAAGAAGAAUCUGAGCGCGGCAAUUGCCCGCCGCAAUGUUUCCCAGCAUUUUUCAAGCCAGGCACUUGCGAGCCUUGCGUAAUUUUGAGAUAAGCAGCGUCACCUUAGUUAGUGAAUCUAGGACUGAAACGUGUCAUUUAAUAAAAAUAUAAUUUGUAACACAUUUUGCCAUUUGGGAGAUUUUAAAUUUGAUUCAGGUAGAGGUGACGUUGCCAAUAGAAAAUAGUGCCUUAGUUUGUAGGUAAUUCUAACUGUAAGUACAAAAAUGUUCAUGGAUUCCAAUAAAAGUGAAGUACUUUUUUUAAUUAAAAA